AUGGCCGGGGCUGGAUUUGAGUCGCUGGAGCUGUGCUUGGAGAAGCAUCUGCCACUCGCAGAUCUGCAGGAGGUCAAACGCAUUCUCUAUGGCAAAGAGACCAGGAAGCUCGAUCUGCCCAGCAGGGCUUUUGAAGCCGCCUCCAAAGGGGACUUUGAGCUGCAGGGCUAUGCCUUUCAGGCUGUGGUGGAGCAGCAGAGGAAGCCCAGGACCGUGCGCAUGGGGCUUGUUCAGAACAGAACCCCCCUCCCCGCGGACACCCCUGUGGUGAAACAGGUCACUGCUCUGCACAGACGCAUCGAGGCCAUCGUAGAGGUGGCUGCCAUGUGUGGAGUCAACAUCAUCUGUUUCCAGGAAGCAUGGACUAUGCCCUUUGCUUUCUGUACGAGAGAGAAGCUUCCAUGGACGGAAUUUGCCGAGUCAGCGGAGGACGGGCCCACCACCAAGUUCUGUCAAGAGCUGGCAAGGAAGCAUGACAUGGUGGUGGUGUCCCCCAUCCUGGAGCGAGACAUGGAGCAUGGGGACAUCUUGUGGAACACAGCCGUGGUGAUCUCCAACUCUGGAGCCGUCCUGGGCAAGACGAGGAAAAAUCACAUCCCCAGAGUGGGCGACUUCAAUGAGUCCACAUACUACAUGGAGGGAAAUCUGGGCCACCCUGUGUUCCAGACUCAGUUCGGAAGGAUCGCCGUGAACAUUUGCUACGGGCGGCACCACCCCCUCAACUGGCUCAUGUAUAGCAUCAACGGUGCUGAGGUCAUCUUCAACCCCUCGGCCACCAUCGGAGCACUCAGUGAGUCCCUGUGGCCAAUCGAGGCCAGAAACGCAGCCAUCGCCAAUCACUGCUUCACCUGCGCCAUCAACCGGGUAGGCGAGGAGUUCUUUCCGAACGAGUUCACCUCUGGGGAUGGCAAGAAAGCUCACCGGGACUUCGGCUACUUUUAUGGCUCAAGCUACGUGGCGGCCCCUGAUGGCAGCCGCACCCCCGGGCUCUCCCGCAACCAGGAUGGGCUGCUGGUCACUGAGCUCGACCUCAACCUCUGCCGGCAAGUGAAUGACAUCUGGGGCUUCAAGAUGACAGGCAGAUACGAGAUGUACGCACGGGAGCUUGCUGAAGCUGUCCAACCCAACUACAGCCCCAAGAUUGUGAAAGAGUAG